CAGUUGAAUUCUAUCACCUGUACCCUUACGACCAUUAUUCGGGCAAAAAGGAUAUUAAACAUACAGAGUUUAAAAAAUUUCAAAAUUACACUAUUUUUGAAAAUAAUUCCUUAGAAUUGUUUAUAAAAUAAUUGUUUAUUUGCUUCGAUCAUCAGCAUUGGCUUACGUACGAGUACGUACAUAAAUCAAAAAUAUUUUUUUUUUUAAACAAAUAUUUUUUAAGUGUUGAUGCUCCCAAUCGAAACUGCGAAUCGAUAAAAUACGAGUUAUACCUGCAUAAGUUUCAAUUGUAAUUAUUUCGUGUCAAAAAGUGGACUUGUUUAACUAAAUGCAUAGAUAAGAAAGCUUCAGAUACUUUUUUACUUCAUUAAAAAUAUUUGCCAACGAUGUCGUCUGCACCAAGGCCGCCUUUUGUUCCGUCACAACAAAUGAGACCUCAGAUGGGCGCCCCUGCUCCGGGAUCUCCAUCGCCACGACAGCCAAUGAAUCAAGGACAGCCAAUGAAUACUCAACAAAGGCAAAUGGCGCCACAAUUACGGAGAGUAGAUAGUCAAGGGAAUGUUUUGCCUAAUCCUGGACAACCGCCAAGAGGCGGAAUUCAGCAGCAAGUUCGCCCACCAUCUAGCGGAGGAACAACGAGUCCGCCUGGGCAAGGUGGUCCAGGUCCAGGUCCAAGACCUCAGGGUGCUUUCCCUUGGGCUGGACCCCCAAACAGCCAACAAAAUCGUCCAUCGAAUGCUUUUGGUAACCAACCACCCAAUCAAGGUGGAAGACCUUUUCCACGGCCGGGACCUGGUGGGACCGGUGGUGGUGGCCAGCCACAGUUUCGACCACCAUACCAACAGCAAAAUAUGCAGCAGCAAUAUCAAGGAAUGCCACAACAAUUUCCCCCCCAAGUUCAACAAAGACCAUUUGCACCACAACAAAAUGCCCCAAUGAGCAAAACUAAUAGUCACGACGAUGACGACAGUGAUGUAGUAUUUGGACAAGCAAUCACUCCUGUAAGAACAGGAGUAGCGCCACCACCGCAGCCGACUGUAAAGACCAAUCAAGUAAUCGAUGACCUAAAAACUAUUCCAGAAGUACAACCAAAUAAAGAGAAUAAUACGAACCCCAAGAAUACAUCAUUUAGUGAUCUUAAUGACAAGAAGAACCUAAAUGAGAUUGAAAAAGAAGCAAGUACUGAACGAAAACGUACGGAAGAGUUAAAAGUGAACGAACAAGCUCUCGGAUCUUCCGAAUCUAGUUCUAAUUCAGCGAAACUAACGAACUUCCAAAAAAUUAGCGGAGACACACCCGAAAACACAAAUAAGCUUGAGAAACCAACUAAAGUUGAGAAUAAUAAAAAGCUGGAGGGUUCUCCGAAAGAGGCAACAUUCAAUAAGGAUAUAAAAGGGGAUAAUGACAGUGGCGUUGAUGAGUCUACACAGGAAAAGGAUCGAAACGGACCAACAUCACCAAGUUCUCCCGCCAAGACACCAACUAAGCCUACUUCAGGCAUUUCAAGACCCCCAAGUGCAACACCAUCGAAUAAGUCCAAUAAAUCACGAAGCGCUUCUAGAUCAAGGCUAGCUCUCAAAACACCCGAACCAGAGUCAGCUAAGAAAGUUCCAAUGAAUAAGAUUCAAGUGGGUAAUGCACCUUCACCUAAUCUCAAGGCUGUUCGGUCAAAAAUAGGAUCACUUGACAAUGCCACCUAUAAACCUGGCGGAGGUAAAAUCAAAAUCGAAAGCAAGAAAAUUGAAAUUAAGGCCGCUCCAAGGAUCGAAGCGAAAAACGAAAAAUACACUCCCAAGGGCGGAGAUAAAAAGAUAGUUUCAACGAAAUUACAAUGGAAUGCUAAAUCUAAAAUCGGAUCUCUAGAGAACGCCAAUCAUAAGCCUGGCGGCGGUGAUAAGAAAAUCGAUACAAUAAAAGCGGACUUUAAGGAUAAGGCUAAGCCAAAAGUUGGCUCAAAGGAUAAUGUUAAAUAUGCUCCAGGGGGUGGUGAUAUAAAGAAGGACGAUAUUCAAAAGGACAUACAAACCCAUAAGCUAGAAAUUAAAGCUCAAAGUAAAAUUGGAUCUUUGGAUAAUGUAAAGCACAAACCAGGUGGAGGGGAUAAGAAAAUAUUCGAUGACAAGGAUUAUUUAAAAAAUGUUGAUCACCCUGUUGCACUGACUUCACCUUCACAGCUCUGCAAUGGGCAUCUUUGUGCGUCAAUACACAUUGAAAUUGGUCAUUGCAGUCGUUUCAAUAAUGAAUAUCUUUAUACGUAUUAUUAGAAGAUUUGAAGAUUUAUUCAAUUUCCAUUAAUUACUCCUCCACCUUCGUCCAUGACAACAUCAACCACUGGUGCCGAUGAAAAUCUAAAUCAACAACAUCAAACAGCAACAGCUAUCAACCAAAAUUAAUCAUAAUUUUAAUUCCUAUAUAAAAAACAACAUUUUUAGUUUCUUCUAAUUCACUUGUAGCACAAGAAGCUAUUUGUUUAAAAUUGUUAUAUUUUUCUUUGAUAAGCAUACUUAUUUUUCGUUUUAAUUUAAAAAAAAAACACAUAAAAGAUUAUUAUUUUAUUGUUUAUUUUAUUAAUUUAAAACAAACCUUUAUCUUUUUAAAGAGCUUUUAAAAAAGUGAAUAAAUAAAACGAAAUUUUUCAUACACAAUUUAUAUACAAAAAUUAUUAUUUAAAAAGUUAUUACGAUUUUUAUAUAAGAUCUUAAAGUACAUAAAUAUACCAACGUAUGUACAUUUAUACUGUACCAAAACUUUAUUGUAAAACAAAACAUAUUUAACAACAUAUUUACACAAAUACAAAAAAAAAAAACAAAAUUUUUAACUCAAACCAAAUAUAUAAAAAAAUACAUAUACUAAAUUAAAUAUUCUAAUUAUAAAUACAUGUUUUCAUCUAGUAAAAUAAAAUGCAUCAAGAACUCAUUAUAUGCAUAAGUCGUUUAGUCUGAAUUUAAAAAAAAUAGCUAAAUCUUUCAAAGUAAAGGUAAAUAAUGUGACAAAAAUACCGUAAAUUUUAUAGUUUUUGCUUUAGUAAAUUUUAUUAAGUUUAUAAAUAUUUUAUUAGCAUAUGAAAAUAUAUAUUCUCCGUUCAAGAAUUAGUACCUGCAGUAAAAUACAUAUGCAUGUUUCAGGAUAACAAUUCGUUUAUAAAUAGUGAUGUACAUGGUCUUAUUUAUCAUUUUACAAAAUAUUGAAUUACAAUUAUCAUAAUAACACCAUCAACUCACAUCUUUUGAAAUGUUAGAUUAUUGCGUUUUAAAUAUGUUUAUUGUAUAAUUAAUUCAUAGCAUCAAAUCAAUGGGAAAAUAAGGUUAUUAAGAUGUUGAAAAAUUAAUUUAUGUUGACGCAUAUCCAUUAAACAAAAUGAUAGUUGAUAGUUCAGAUAUUUUCUUGGACAAAAUUAAAAAGCUUUAUGAGGUCUUGAACUUAUGUAUGUUCAAAUAUCAGAACUGUUUUUGAAAAAAAUACUAACAAAUCUUAUACACUAUCAUUUUUUUAAAUUUCCACACAAUUGAAGGCCUGCACCUGGUGAUGUAAAGUAAUAGCCUUUUUUUAAGACUUAUCCUCUUUUAAAUGAAAUUUGAACCAAGAUUUUUUAUUAACUUCUGAUACGUAGCCACUAGCUUUGUGAAUGCGACCAAUGUAUAUUCAUCUAAAAAUGUCAGACGUCUCUCCACACGCAGGACAAUUCUGCAAAUCGAUUUUUGUCUGCGAAAGUCUUCGACUAACAAUUUGUCCUGCACUAUGAUUACAAGUCCUACUAAAAUAUAAAUAAAUUCAAUAGGUUUAAAUGUUUGUAUUGAAUGUUAUGUGUACGGAUUUUUCGAUAGGACUUCAUUCUUUCAGAAUCGGGAUACUUAAUGAAAAGUAACGACAAAUCUUUAGUCUAAAUUAAUAAUGGUUAUUUCCUUGAGAUUUUUAAAGGCUCGGUCCCAGCUAGGUGUACACAGUUUCGCACGACAAGUUAGUUGGGAUCCUCUCCCACCUGCGUGCCCCACCUGAGUCACGGUUUUCCUCUACUGCGCCGAGCGUUGAUUUCUAUUAACUCUAUGCUUUAUUUAUUUUAACUAGGUCAGUAUUGCUGUACAGCCCGAACAGUUCCUCGUAGUAUCUUCUGGACCAAAAAUCACCCAAAGAAUUUUCCUCUCGAAGCAUCCUACGACGUUCUCAUCUUUCUUUGAUAGGAUCCAAGCCUCAGCGCCUUAAAUGAGAACUGGAAUGAUAAGUGUCCUAUAAAUGGUGACUUAGAAUGCUCAAGAGAGGACUUUACUACUCAAUUGCCUUCUAAGUCCAAAGAAGCAGCGAUUUGCAAGAGUUAUUCUUCGUUUGAUUUCAGUGUCUAGGUAAACAAAGUCCUUAGCUACCGAAAAGUAAUAUCUAUCCAUGGUGACGUUUUGUUCAAGACAUCGUCUUUCAAUAUCCACUAAACUCAUCUUUUCCGCUUCCAUUGCAAUGCUCAAAACCGCUCCACUAACAUCACGCUUUGAUCUUCAAUUAUUUCAAUAUCAUCAACAUGCCUCUAGUGUUGAUGGUUGGGUUUUGCACAAUUAUUUCCAGAACGAUGUUGCACCGGUCAAAUCUUGACCUACCUUAAUAGAGCAGCGUGCAUUCCCCAUCGGCAUUCUUCACAAACGGAUAAGUUUGACAGGAAUGCUUAAUCUAGACAUUGCUUUUUAAAGCUCUGGGUAUCAUUUUUAUUACUUUUUAAUAAUUGUUUUUUUGUUUGGAAUGCAAGAUUACAAACAUUGACAGAGUCCGGUUUGAGGAAAAAAGAAGUUACGAGACCUGACUGCGUUGUUUAAUGGACUUCUUCGCUCGCACCAUUUCUGCAUUUUAAAAAUAUGAAUGUUAAUCAUGUCAAGGGUAAACAUAACUCAACGAUAUGGAUUCUAGAAUAUCUCAAAUAUGUAGGCAGUUCUCCUAGGGUCGAAAAAGUUAAAUUACGUAACCCCUUUUCAGAAUCAAACUGCACCAAAGAAAAAUGAUAAUAUGUAUUAAAUUUGUUUUUCACUUUUGAACAUUUUUCUUUUGUUUUGAAAGCCAUUGGUUUAUCUAUAGGAAAAUAUAUAUAUGAAAUGUAACUUUUGUUGUUUUAUUUGAAACAGUUUUUAAAACUUUGCAUUGUAUUUUUUGUGUGGCUAAAUUCAUAUCUAUGAUUUGUAUGAAUAAUAUUAAAGUACCUUAAACUAUCUGUGCAUAUUUAAUAAAAGUAAAAGACACCUUAUUAACAUUUA